CUCAUGUUUCUGUUCCGCAUGGGAAUCCGCUCUCUAUCGGUGUGGACAGCAUUUAUUUUGCUCAUGUGUCGUCCGCCUGGAGGAGGGCCUACACCGUUUUUCUUCGCCGCUGCCUACUACCUUCCCUACCCGCCCUACUACCGCGCACCCUGCGAAUGCGAGGAACACAACCGAGCGCACCGCUGGCUGAUCGAGGUCAUGCUGGCGGACAUGUUUGCAAACCCGCGAAGAAGUAUGAGUUUUUACCGGUACGACCCGAAUGCCCCAGCCAACUUACGGGAAUUUUUCGAGAACUUAAACGACGAUGGUUGGUGCCAGCGGUUUAUCUCGGGGACGUACUUCGACGUGUUGCGAGAGCGGG